AUGGAACAACUGCAGCCACCGUUGCAAAACCUGGGCUUGCGUUCCAUCACCGUCUACAACGAAAACACAGAGCUCCGACUGCUGAUCGAGGAAGAUGAGGACAACUCCAGCCGCAUGCUGGCCGGUUACAACACCUACCGGAACAAGAUGGAGGGCCACCGGACAGCCGUCUUGCAAGCGGAGAGCCAGACGAGGGCUCACAGGGAGCUAGUGGAGAAGAGGGCUCUGGUCAGAGUGCUCACAGAGAGGAGAGAGAAGCUGUGGGCCGACCUGGAGAACCCAGAGGGGAACGCUGUGAAGCAGGUACAGAAAGAGAUGGAUGACAUGAGGUGGCAGAUCUCAGCCUGGAGGAAGAUGGUGACUGAGAGAAGAGAGCUCAUCCUGAAGGAGUUUGAGAGUCACACACUGAUCAAGAAGCAUAUUGAGAUCCAGAACAGACGGUACGAUGCCAUCGUGAAGCGUCUCCACUGCCAACUAAUGAAGGCCCAGUCCUGCCACAGGCAGCUGUCUGAUGAUAUCUACCACAUGGAGAGAGAGAUCCAGGACCUCAAGAGACACCUCGAAGUGCCAUAA